AUGGAGCUUUCUGAUUCGCUGCGCCGCGAGGUGGAGCAGGAGCGAGCGGCGGCAGACAGUGCCGCCCAGGCGAGCAUGGAUCUGAUUCGCCAGCUGCAACAGGACAAAGCUGCCGCCCAGCGCGCGGCCGGCAGUGCCGCCCAGAGAGAGCGGAUUUUGGAGCAGAAGGUGUUAUCUGAUAAAGAGGAAAUGGGACUGAUGAGAGAUGUGCUAGAGAGGCAAGAGGAGGAGAUAGCAUUUUUAAGAGAAAUGCUGGAGCAGAAACAGGUGGAGGUUAGGGUUUUAGAAGCUGAGCUGGCACUGUGGAGAGGACACGUUGCGCAAGCUGAUUUGCAGGUGGAAAAGGUGGGGGAGGAAGAUCUAGGGGAGGAACAACGGCUGGUGGGGGAAGGGGAAGGGGAAGGAGCGGCAGUAGCAGUAUCAGCGAAACAUGGUGGAUCAAUCUCAGGAUCGGGCUUGAAUGGGGAGGGGAGUUCGGAAGAAGGGAUAGAAGGGGCAAGAGAAGGACGAGGAAGACGAGGGGGAAGUUUUGGGGCGAUGGAAGAGGAGGUGAAGGAGGGGCGUUCGGGGAUAGAAGGGGAAGAGGAGGAGAGUGGGAAUUUAGGGAGAGAGGAGAAGGAAGAGGAGGAAGAGGAAGAGGAGGAAGAGGGGAGUUUUGAGGAUGAAGAGAGAGACGAGGAAGAAGGGGAAGGGAUAAUUGUUGGAGAUGGAGGGGAAGUGGAGUGA